AUUUUUCUCUUAUUUGGGUUCUCAUUUUCUUCAAGGUUGAGAUAGAAGCUGAAUUUUCUUUCUUCCUUUCAUAUACACAAUGAGAUCAAUGCAAUCUAGGUCUAACCUUGAUUGCUUUCUUCACCAUACAACACCUAUUGUACCAUCUAAGUUUCUACAAAAGCAUGAGAUUAGAAACCUUAACCGUUUAUGGCAUCCGUGUGAUAGAGAAACAGUUGAAUAUUUCACUCUGAGUGAUCUUUGGAAUUGUUUCAAUGAAUGGAGUGCCUAUGGAGUUGGAGUUCCAAUCAACUUUAAAAAUGAGGAGACACUUGUCCAAUACUAUGUUCCUUACCUCUCUGCAAUACAAAUAUUUACAACCAAUAAUUUCAGAGAAGAGAUUGAUUCUGGUAGUGAGACAAGGGAUUCGUUCAGCGAUUCUUACAGCGACGAUAGCGAGUGUGAUAAGCUAUGGACAUCAUCAGAAGAAGGAGCAUCUGAGCAAGAUAGUCUCUGGCAUAUGAAUGAUCGAUUGGGUCAUCUCUAUUUCCAGUAUUUUGAAAAAUCAACUCCAUAUGGAAGAGUUCCUCUAAUUGAUAAGAUUAAUGGGUUAGCAGAAAGAUACCCAGGGUUGAUGUCACUUAAAAGUGUUGAUCUUUCACCAGCAAGUUGGAUGGCAGUUGCUUGGUACCCAAUAUAUCAUAUUCCCAUGGGAAGAACAAUUAAAGAUCUUUCAACAUGUUUCCUCACUUACCACACACUUUCAUCUUCAUUUCAAGAUAUGGACCUUGAUAAUGAGAUGGAAGAGACUCAAGAGAAGAGGAAGGAUGGUGAAGGCAUCUCUUUGCAACCAUUUGGUUUAGCCACGUACAAGAUGCAAGGGAAUUUGUGGGUCUCUGGAAAAUGUGGUAGGGACCAAGAAAAGCUGGUUUCACUAUGUAGUGUGGCAGAUUCAUGGUUGAAGCAACUUAAGGUCCACCAUCAUGACUUUAAUUACUUCAUGGGCAUUAGGCAUGGCUAAAAGGAUUAAUAUACACUACUACUAGUUCUAGUACUUUAUAUAUUGACCUCCUAACUCUUCUUUUUUAGGAUAUUUUGUUGUUGAGCACUUGUUUGGAUUGGACCAUUAAUUGCAUUUUUCUGUUUUUGUUUUUUAUUGGAUUAUGUAUGUGUGAGGAAUGAGGACUUUUGUAGUUGUUUAACAUUUGAAAGCAUUUUUGGACAUGCCCUUGUUAGACUCCUUAGAAAGUGUAACUAAUGAAUUUACUACUUUGUAUAGCCUCUUGUGAAGAGAGGUAGAUUAGGAGGUCAGAAUAUUACUAUUAUUGCUUAUUUUUGA